GGGGACGCUCGGCCAAUGGCGGCCGGGCUCCGCCGGAGGGGGCGGGACCUCUGUGGUGGAGGAGGUGGCGGCGGCGGCGGGCUCGAGGCACCUGCGGCUGGGAGGGAGGGGGGCGGGGCGGCUGCCGCGCGCGCCGCGUCCCGGGCCCGGCCGGCGGUUGAGGCUGAGGGGAGAAGGGCGGCGGCGGUUGAGGGAAGGGUGGCGGCGAUGGAGGAGCCCCUCUGCUGCUGCGAGUACGUGGACCGGAGGGGGGAGAGGAACCACCUGGCGGCGUGCUGCUGCGACUGCGAGGACCUGGACGAGGGAUGCGAGAGGUGGCUGACGUGCAAAUCCCUGCCCCCGGGAGCUCUGGAAAGAAUCGCCGACACCGUGGCCGACCGGGUGCGGGUCCCCUGGUUCUCGGGGGCCGUGAAGGUCAACCUCAGCCUCGUGCCUCCCCUCGUCCUGCUGCCCGUCCUCCUCCACGUUGCCGCUCUGCACUUCCUGCUGGGGCUCGUCGUCUUGACGUCUCUGCCCGUGGUGGUGCUCUGGUAUUACUACCUCACCCACAGAAGGAAGGAACGGACUCUCUUCUUCUUGAGCCUGGGGCUCUUCUCCUUGGGCUACAUGUACUAUGUGUUUCUCCAGGAGGUGGUUCCCCGAGGCCACGUGGGGUAUUCCCAAGUGGUCGCUCUCACGUGCGGGUUAAUUCUUAUGCUUGCAGCCCUGUCUCGAGCCAAGAAAGACCCUGGAUACCUUCCCAUCCCAGCAAGCGACAAGAAGUCAUCGCUUGGGCAGGGUUUGCCCAACAAGAGUGUUAGAGGGAGCUCCAACGGGCUCCAUGGCAUCACCACAUCAGGAGCUGCCAGUGGCCGUGCUGUGAAUGGGGAGGCCAAAGGCUAUUCCAGGAUGUUAGCUGAGGAGCCAGAAGGUGUGAAAAAGGACUGGUGCACUAAAUGCCAGCUGGUCAGACCAGCCCGAGCAGGGCACUGCCGGCUCUGUGGUAGGUGUGUAAGGAGACUGGACCAUCACUGUGUCUGGAUUAACAGCUGUGUAGGGGAGCAGAACCACCAAGCAUUCAUCCUUGCACUCUCCUUCUUCAUGCUCACCUCUGUGUAUGGGAUUACGUUGACCCUGCAUACCAUCUGUAGGGACCGAACUCCAUUUGUGGCAUUGUUCUACUGCCCGGGGGCCUAUUCUGACUACAGCUCUGCUCUGUCGUUCACCUGUGUGUGGUACUGUGCCAUUGUAACAGCUGGCAUGGGAUACAUCCUCCUUAUCCAGCUGUUGAACAUCAGCUACAACGUGACUGAGAGGGAAGCUCGGCUGGCUCUGCGGGACAACACUGGGCGCAGGCUCCUGGGUGGGUUAGUGAUAGACACUGGCCAGUAUAACAGGGGUUUCCUAUGCAACUGGGGCCAUUUCUUGAGCCUGGGGUCUUCUCCUCCACAGCACUCUGCUGAAGACAUCGUGUGACACCCCUCUUUCUGCAGAUGACGUUGACUGACUUUCUUUAGCAGGGGAAUGGCCCCUUCCACUAGGACUUCCUCCUCCCACACCCUUCCUUCACGGUUGGUGUAUGGACUGCCUAUCCCAUCACUGACAACAUCGGAGGCUUUCCCAGGCAGAACGGUUCUACGCAUGCUGUCAGCCAGCAAUAGGAUGCAGAAAGCAGUAAGCCAUAUGCACAAACCUGGAGAGAAGGAGCCUGCUGCCUUUUUCCACUGUGGGAAACUUUGUGCAGCUCAGCUCAGCAAGAAGAAGAGCACAAGGUUUUGAGAACUUGAGUUUUUGUUAGGUGUGAAUGCUGGCAUCAAGAGGAACCCACUGCUGGACUUCAGAGCAUGCACUGGUUCCUGUAAAGGGUAAGGAAUCCUGGCUCACACCUAUGUGCGACACUUCAGAGAUGUCAGGAGGGUGAACUUUUGACACAGAUAACAGAUGGACUGCUGCAGAAGCCAGGCUCUUCGGCUAAAAGAGACUGUGUAUAGGCAGUCACUGAGCAGCUCCCUCCCCUCUGGUGCAUUUUUUUUUUAUUGUUUUCGAUUCCAUCCAGCUGUAUACAUGCUUGUAUUAAGUGCCUUUGUGAGCAACAUUCCUGUAGGGCUUUAAGAUCCCUUCACCUCUUGACCCUUAAAAUUGUUAUUUCGUCUCCAUUUGUCUGACUGUGUGAGAAGACACUGUCAUCUUUGAUCUCAUUGUUCUUCUUGCAAGCUGGGUGUGUGUUUGUUUGAAGGUUUGGCUUAUCUCCCUCAAAGCGUUUCUGCUCCGAUUAUGGAUUGUGACAUGAGACAGCAUGUAAAUAUGCAAAGUAAGAAGGAGAUGUUUUGAAGCUAUGUGUAAUGAUGGGCUCUGAGGGGAAAGCAGAGUGCUGUCCGAUGUUACUGUUGCGUUAUGGAAACUACCUUUCAGACAAUUCUGCUAACAGCUUUUUUGGUAGGUGGUAUCUUGGUUGCUUGUGUUGCUAAUAACAUAGUGAUCCACUCUCCUCUCAACUCAGUCACUGUGGAGCUGCCUGACUAGAUCUGCUUUCUCAAGCCAGGAAGCCGAGGAACAGCUCUGUCUGCGUUUGUAAGGAGGUGGAGGGGAUGUCUUGGAGCUGACUGCUGCUGGGGUAGAUUACCUGCACUGGCAGGUGAAUAAAUGUGUUAAAUGUGUUCUGGAAGAAUGCCACGUGUUCCUUGCUCAAGACUGGGCAAUACCACAGAUGCAGUCUGCCUUCAGCUGAAAUCACAAGGUUUUGGUGGUGAUGGUUUCUGGGUUUUGUGGAUGGGUUGGUUUUUUGUUGUUGCUUUUUGUUUUAAGCCCUUUAUGUAUGUUGUUGGCCCUGCAAUAAUAAUAUGAAUCGUCUGUCUAGAAAAGCCUGGGGCCAUGGCACCAGAGUUACAAGUUGGGCCUAAGAGACAGAAGCAGAGGGAAGAGUCUUCUCCUAGCUACUGAUGUUUUUAGACACGUGUGCAGCAUGCACACACAGGUCAUCGUCCCUGACUCCAGUUGUGUGUCAGGCAGCUGGGGGAUGUUGGCUGAGCGAUGCAAAUUCACUGUACGUUAUCUCUGAAGAUAGGAUGGAUGGAUGGUAGCAGGGUUGGGGGUAUCCCUAGAGAUCCCUGACGUAUUUGGUGUUGUGCGCUCCUGAUUAUGUGUCACAGUUUAAGGUGAUGACCAUGUCCCUCUUUGUGCUGUUUGAUUCCCUCAAGUGGCACUCUGUAGCCAGCAGAAAAUUGAGGAGCAGCUACAUUUGGAUGUGGCUGUGCAGAAAGAGGUACUGACUUACUGAGUGUUCCUUAUUUCCUCUUACCCCUUCUCAUCCAGUGAGCAAUCCUUUAUAAGGAGGUGAAGGGGACACCUCUAUUGCCUCCUGCCUCUAACCAAACACACUAAGAGGUUUCUGACCAGUUCCCAAGCCUAUUGUGAAGAAAAAGGCACUCAGCUGGACUGUGCUAACUGUUUUACUGACCUUCUGACUAGAGAUGGAGCCUGAUCCUAGGAGUUUAAAUUCACACACAGACCUCUCCUCCACAUGAGUAGUCUGUAAACAUUUCCAUUGCACACAUGUAUUUUGUGGUGCCUGCUGAGCUGAACUGGAGCUUGGCAAGCCCGGAGACGCAGGGAUGCUGUGGGCUAGCAGGUUUGUGAUCUUCUCAGACCUCAUCCUGCUGGCAUUAGGGAAGAUUAAGGCAGAAUGACCUCCCAGGCUAAACGAACCCCUGCAGUGGAGGUAGUCAAACUCUCUGUCCCUGUGAGUUACAUGUGCAGAAUUCAGUCAUGAGCCGAAAGUGCUCUGGGAGCAUUUACAGGUUUGAGAUAAGUGGUUUUGCAGAGUCCUGCUACUCCUGACUGGGAGAAAGCAGAGCAGGUCACAGAUCAUUUCCCUGGCAGCGCCUGACCCUGUUGUGCUCACUUCUCCCACAAGCAGAGGUUGGUUACUACUUUGCAGCCGGUCUGUGUAGCCUUUCCCUUGUCUCUUUGUGCUCUGGCGUGGGAGACUUCAUUUGAACUGCUUACACUAAGGCACUCUCAGUGGUGUUCUCCCAGGCAGAGCGGACUUUGGAGUGCAGGUUAGGAACAAAGGACCUUGGACUAAUGUAACCAUUCCAUACCUUGGUCAAGCCCACUCCAAUAUAGUUGGGGUAAAGUGCUAAAGUAAAACUUGCUUUUUACACUCCCUCCAGAGGGAACUGGAACCAUUCAGGACCCUAAAAUGGUUCGUUGCAAGGCUGGCUUUUUUUUUUAAAAGGAGUAUGCAGUGCUGAUUCCCCAGUGAAUAGGAAAUUCACGUGGUUGUGAUCUGCAUAGCAAUGGUGACUUUUUCUUUAAGGACAUGGCUUUUGUUUACCCUCCAGGCUUCUUCCUGAGAGGAUUUACCUUGUGAUGGGAGAUGAGAAGCGUAAAGUAACAGGAUAUGUAAAAGGGUGGAAGAGUUGCGUUGCCUUGCGAGCUUCAGAUGCAUACUUGGAGUUCUCCUUUUAAUAGCCCUGAGAAUUAGCUAGAAGUCCUUGAAGGGUAAUGUUCGCUUUUGCACUUAUAGCAAGGGCAGACUGUUGUGAUCUCUUGUGCACUUAAAGGACAAUUUCUUUUCUGAGUAUUUUUUUGCUGAGAUUGUUAUUGGCCACAUUGGUAGAAAAAUGUUAAAACCUAGACAUAGAGUCAGUCCUUGGUCUUGCUGUGUUAGUAGCUGCCGAGAUCCAUGCUGCCUGGGUUUUGGAGCAGUGGGAGCAGGCUGAAUUUGACAGGUGACUGUGUGUGGCCUUGAGGCCAGGACCAGUGUCUCGCCUGUAAAACUGUAUGCAUGUACCUGGGAGUGCAGAAAACAGUACCCUGCCGGCCCUUGAAAGGCUUUCCCUCUGUAAGAUGAGAGGACCCAGAGCUGGUCAGAAGCAGGGAAGAAUUUUGGUAAUAUCUAGCUUCGAUGUUCCUCUGCACAGACUUGGGCAGAGUUUAUCCUGCUUUAACCAUGACCUUCUAAGAGGCAUUUGUUGUUUCACAAAUAGCAUGGACUUCUGCAGACCAGGGCAAGUCUAAAGGGACCAGGGUUCUGAUGUUGCUGCUGUUGUAGUGUUAAACCCCCCGUGUCCAAAUGCCAGCACCCUACCGUUUGGUGACUGUACAAAGAACCAUGCACCAUUAGAUACACCCUGUAAAAGGUGGCUUGGCACUCUUUAACUGUGUCUUCUUAAAUCAUACUUUUUUUUGUAGGCAAGUCACAGGUCCCCACAUCGACUCUUUCUCCAUUUAACUUGUCCUUAAAUGACAAAAGUCACUGGUGAGCCUGAGUUGGCGCUGCUUGUGACUCCUAAUCACAUUUCAGCCUUCAUGCUAUGAUGGUGCUUUUUUUCUUUUUAAGUAGGUUGCUUUCAAGUGUCUUAAUGAAACCAUUUGCUGUAAAAUUUCUUCUGAAGAUAAAAUGGUUACUGCCUCACUGCCUAAUGUCUUAAUAAUGUGCUUGGUUUUUCCUUCUAUAUGAAUGUAUAUUGCCUCAUUAGGGCAGGAAGUGUGUGUGAUUAUGGAUGUGUUUUCCUGUAUUGCUUUCAGUGAAGAACUCUACAGUUUCCUAUGAUUUUCUUCCCCUAUCAGGAUGUUUGUACAGGGAAAAUCUUUCUGUGGACAGGUGAGGCUCUUUCUGAAAUGCGGAAAUUCAGCCUCCCAAGAUCUUGUCUUUAUCGAACUCCUUUACUGAUAAUGUGAAGAAACAAGAGGCUCUGGAAGAACUGUGAGAUGUUUUGGGGGUUUUUUGUAUUUUUUUUUUUUUUUUUUACCCUAAGCUUUAGGAAGAAACUUUGUGAAACACAUUUGUGAGCUCUGUUGAAAGGACUGGUGUGUGUGUGUGUUUGUGUCCAUUUUGCAUCAUAUGCAGUGUUUCCAAAUGGAUGCAAUUGUGAAUCAAAA